AUGGAAGACUCGCUCUUGUCUCUGCUUGGGCUCCACCAGUGACUUGGUGCCACCAGUUCCCUUGAGACCUAGCUCCCUGCUUCUGAUGGACUAAUCCUUCACUUCUCGAGCCAUGGGAGAACAAGAGAGGAGAGCCUUGGGGUACUGGGUGCCAGCUCCCGCCCCUGCGAAUGUCGGGCACUUUGUCUCCAGCGUUCAGCAGUCUGCGAUAGCGGCAGCCCCUAGCAGCCCGGGACUUGGCAAGCCCUUGCCAGCGCGCGCUCCUCCUCCUGCCGCCCGGCCCAGCCCGGCGCGUCUCGGAGGACACUGAUGCUCCGCUUGCUCGGCAGAGUCAUGUCAUUCCCGCCUAUGCCGCCUAUGCCGCCGCCGCCACCACCGCCCCCCCGAACUCCGGGGGGCCCUGCCGCGCGCCAGCUAUCCCGGAGACCCUGUGCGCCGCCCGCGCCUUCGCCGCCCACCGCGGCCGCCGCGGCCGCCGGCGAGAAGAAGAGGAGGCCGCCCGAGAUGCUGCUCUCCAGCUCCUGGCCCUCUGCCACCUUGAAGAGGCCCCCGGUACGGCGCGGCCCCGGCCUGGGUUCGGGCACCCCACAGCCGCCUACCUCCGCACGCGUCCCGCCCCAGCCCUCUCCGGGCCGUGGGGGGACCUCGACCACGUGCUCCGCGCCCCGGCGGGUCGCCUGUAGCCACAUCCCAGCGGGAUCCACCGCCUCGGGGAUCUCUGCGGGGGCGGGGGCUGGGCCCGACGACGCCACGCGCUUCUCCUUGAGCCUCACCCCAGAAGCCAUCCUGGUCAUCCAGAGGCGCCAUCUGGAGAAGCAAUUGCUGGCGCGACCCCGCAGGCCCUUCCCCGCACCCUCGGCCGACCCGCGGCGCCCACUGGUACCCUGUCCCCGGACCAGGGCUUCGACCCUGCGGAGGGGCGGUUCCACCAGUGUCCCCGACGCGCCUCUGGCUGUGGCUGUCAGCAGCCGCCCUCCCCGUGCCUCGCUGCUGCCAGGAGGUCUGCAGGCCACUCUGCCCAGCCCGCGCCCCUCCAGCCUGCGCCCAGUGCUUAAGGUGUCGCUGCUCAAUGAGAAGCACAAAUACGAUGAUGAGGAGUAUGAGGAGGAGGUGGAGGUGGUGGACGAGGGCCUCGUGCGCAAGUGCACCGAGUGGCUGCGUGGGGUGGAGUCGGCGGCAGCUGCGAGGGGCCGCACAGGGCAUCUGGACUCGCUGCCACACCUGAGCACCCUGUGAGGCUAGGUGGGCUUGUGGGACCCUGCCUGGCUUGAAGCCCACGGUCCUCUCCUGCGCUCCUUGCACACCUGGGCUCUUGUGAACCAGGUAGGCCAGCAAGGGGCAGGACUAUUGCCUGGAACCUUCCCCAGGCACACGUGCUUAUUCAUGAGUGACCCACAGGCUUUUCUAACGCCCACCACCCACCUCCUGUGCAAUUAGGUCAGCGUGGGACAGGACAGACUCGGCUGACUCUAGCAGCUGUCCCCUGCUCCUCCUGCUCUCCCCCACGCCCGCUAAUGUGGGGGUGGGGGAAGGACCUGUGAAAUGCCUUCUAACCUCCCACCCUAACUAAGGUCCUCUGCCUCAGGUGGCAUUCCACUUCCUGGGGACUCUGCAAGCCUGUGGCCACCGAGGGUGGGGUGAUCUUCUAUUGCAGAGUUAGGACAUGGUGCUAUCUAUGUAUAUGAUUUGUUUCCUUACAAGUCAAAAAGAUGUUAGGUACUGGAAACUGGUUAACUAAACUUGUAAUCCAGCAUCCCUGAAACAGUGUACUGUUGCCACUGGGUGAUCAAGGAGGACUUGUGCUCCGCCCGCCAGCUGAGUACUCAGCUAUCCCAGACACACACACGCACACACACACACACACACACACACACGCAUGCACGCGCACACACACCUCUCUCCCAUGUCUAUGCACAGGCAACCCCAUUCCACUAGCUGUCAUGCGUGCACGCAUGCGUACAUACAUACACAGCCACGGACAGAACACAUACACACGAUAACACACACAUCGGCUCUCACAUACAUGUGAAUACAUGGCCGCGCAGGUAGUCACAGCCACACACAGGUGUCUCUAACGGCACAGCUAGAAACGUUUAAGAAGGUGGAUCAAGGUGGGGACAGGAGUCAGGGUUGUUGUCUGCUGGGAAUGCAGUUUUUAUUUGAGGGCACAGCAAUGUCUCCCUCACUAGCUAGGGGAGGAACUUCUCAGCACAGAGAAGGACAUCGGUGGGUGAAAGCAAGGCAGAGCAAGUCUGCCCACAGGAGCAGUUUGAGGCAGAAGCAGGAAGUAGCUGUGGGCCAGGGCAGGUGUCUCUCAUCACUGUGAAGAUCAGUGACAAAGGGGUUCUGUAAGCUGUAAAUAGUGACUUUUUAAAUCCUAUUUAUUAUUUGAAUGAAGGGUAAAACUCCUGUCUCUUAAUAGCUGAGCCCUUCCCAUUAACUGGAGGAUGAUUCUUUUGUAUUUCUUCUGUGCCUGAGUGAACUUAACCCCAAGGAUAAGAAGGAAAGUGUUUGUUCUAAUCAGAUAAGGUUGCCUGUAGAAACGUAAUGCAUUACCUCAAUUUUUUUUUUUUUACUUAUCUUAUGCAAGUCAAUAACCAGUUUAAAGUUUGUCUUGUUAGACUUUAAUGUGUCAAUUCUCGAUUGUAUUUUAAAUCAAAGCCUUACAUUUUUUAAAAACCAAUUAUAUUUUUUCCUUGUAAAGAUCUUUGCUCUCUCUCUUUCUCUCUGUCUCUGUCUCUCCUCUCCGUCCUUCUUGGCGCAAGCUUUGCCAACCAAGAGACCUUACAGAGGGAACUACAUGAGACACAGAUGAGUUUUUUUUUUUAAAGCUACUUAUUGAUUUUAAAUGGUUAAUGCCAAAGGGGCAAAGUUAGCAAGGCUGGUUGGGGGAGAGGCAGAUGGACUGUUUCUCUAGGCAAGUCAGGUGGAGAGGGCACUGUCUCUGCCCUCCAGCCUGGCACAGCACGGCUUCACCCCCCGUCUGCACUCAGCGCAAAUGCCAGUACUUCACAUGCUUGGCUUCCUGCCCCCCAGCAGCCCUAACAACACCAGAAAGAGUUCCUGGUACCUCCUAGAGGCCUCUAGGGAGAACUUCCUCCCUCUUUGUCCGUCACGUAGGUCUGCAGACCGUCCUGUCCAUCCCUGUCUGUCUGCUUUGAUUUUCCUUCCCCACAGCUCCCUCUUCCUUUCUAACUGGCCUCAGAGCAAAACUCAGUACGUUCUCCCCGGUCGGUGAUCAAAGGGGCCCCGUGUGCCUCUGGCUCUUCACUUCAGAGAUGGGGGCAUGUUUGUGUUGGACAGCUGAUGACUCUCUGUGAGGGAAGGAAGGCCUGCACGUGGCUGGCCGGGUCUCUUCCUCAUUGCUGACAUUCUGAGGGCAUUUUCUAGUCACUGUGCUACAAAUUCUUA